AUGAUGAUCGUCAGUUUGCCGGCUUGGCAGACGACUAAAUCGUUUUCCCUUUCCUCUCCCAAGCCGACAUCGCCCAGUCGUCGCACAGCGUGUAUCAUGGCCAGCUAUGGCCAGCAUCCCCAGUGGUCUCAAUCAAAACAGGCCUUUCUUCAUUCUACGCCUUCUGUGAAUAGCCAAGUUGCGGCUGGACGCAGGCGGCUAUCAUCAGAUAAUUAUUCAAUAAACGAUUCGCCCUAUUCAGCUGGCGUUGGGCGUAGUGCAAGCAAUGUGUCCUCAAUCUCCGACAAGUUCUCCUUAUCACCGGAUCCUCGCUCAUGGGGCUCAGAUCUCUCUGGACGUGUUCCGGAACCAGACGACUAUCUCCAUACUCCUGAUCCUGUGAGGGACAGAAAGAACGACAGAGGCGGGCAUAUAUUCACCGGUCGAGGGUUUUUCAAUAUUGGGUGUCUCUUCAUCCUUGUUAUAGGCAUGCUGGCCCUUUUUGCUGGUUAUCCAGUCGCUUCAUUCUUUACUAAACAUCCCAUGUCAUUCAAGGGCGGGUUCAACUUGGGUGGAAUUAACGCUAGCGGGCAGGUUCCCGAAAUGAUAGGCUCGUGGGGUCUCAUUGACGCUGAUACACCCUCCAGUGCCCGCACCUACAAAUCACCGCACGACGGAACCGAACUUCAACUCGUCUUCAGCGACGAAUUCAACAAGGACGGUCGAACGUUCUAUCCCGGUGAUGAUCCUUAUUGGGAGGCUGUCGAUUUACAUUAUUGGGGUACCAACAACAUGGAGUGGUACGACCCGGAAGCUCUGACAACCGGGAAUGGUUCUCUCAAAGUCACCCUUUCGAGGAAACGCAAUCACGAUCUUGAUUACCAAGGAGGGAUGAUUCAGACCUGGAAUAAAUUCUGUUUUACGGGCGGUCUGGUCCUUGCGAAUGUGGUCUUGCCAGGAUUUUCGAACAUAGCUGGACUGUGGCCAGCAGUUUGGGCUAUGGGAAACUUGGGGCGGGCAGGGUUUGGUGCCAGUCUUGAGGGCAUGUGGCCUUACACCUACGACGCCUGCGAUGUCGGUACAUUGUCCAAUCAGACCUUGAAGGGUCUCCCCCACCUUGCUACGGUGGACGGAGACGCUCAAUAUGGUGGUUCCCUAUCUUACCUUCCCGGACAAAAACUGUCGAGAUGUACAUGUCCGGGGGAGAGUCACCCUGGACCGAUUCAUCAAGAUGGAAGCUAUGUCGGGAGGGCGGCCCCUGAAAUUGACAUGUUCGAAGCGCAGGUCGGCUCCAACUUUGGAAAAACUGACGGGCUGCUGCACGGGGAAGUGUCGCAAUCUGGACAAUGGGCGCCGUUUAAUUAUGCAUAUACAUGGUUUGAUACACCUCAGAACCAGAUUAUCGGCAACAGCUCUACCACGCUACCGAAUGGCUAUAAAGGAGGUAUAUUCCAACAGGCUACUAGCUGUGUUACCAAGACAAAUCCCAAGUGUUAUUCGAUGGAAGAAGGGUGUUUUGCACUUUAUGGAUUCGAAUAUAAACCUGGAUAUGACGAAGGAUACAUCACCUGGCUCAGCGACGGUGUAGUCUCAUGGACUGUCAACGGCGCAGGCCUAGCUAAAGACGACCGAGUGAACAUCUCUGCACGACCCGUGCCUCAAGAACCAAUGUACCUCAUUGCCAAUCUGGGAAUGUCGAAGAACUUUGGAGAUGUCGAUCUGGAACAUCUGGUGUUCCCGGUGUCUAUGCUGGUGGAUUAUAUACGAGUGUAUCAGGAUCCCAAGAACAUCAAUCUCGGUUGCGACCCGAAAGAUUACCCGACUGCUGCGUACAUCAAGGAGUAUAUUACUGCGUACACGAAUGCAAACCUGACAACAUGGCGGGACGAUUUCAAGCAACCCUUCCCAAAGAAUAGGCUUAUCGACACUUGUUAA